AUGGCUACCGCAGAGACGUUAGCCCAGACUUCCGAUCGUAAUGGUCAUCGACGAAAACCAUUCUCGACCUGGGUGAAGAGGCUCACCAAUUUCAAAUCAUCUGAUCCCGAGAAGCGACAUGGCAAGAAGAAGAAGGAGACAAAGGCCAACAACCCUUACCCUGAGUCAGGUUUCGUGAGCAACCAGCAAUCCAACGAGGAGAGCGCUCCCUCCUUUGCCAGCCCUCGAACAUGCAGUCGCACAUCUGUCGAGCGACCUAGUGGUGCACCCGCGGAAACCACCGACACACCGGAAAUCGAAGUACGCCAUACGGGAACAGCCUCGACCGAACAAGAGGCACCCCACUCCGGUACUCAGAGUCAUGGCGCGAGCUCUGUGACAGGCACAAAUCACACGGCAGGUGGUGGCUUGGAGUCCAGACGAGGCGGCGACAGCACGUUUUCCAGUCCAGCACCAUCAGUACGGUCCAUAGCGACAACACUCACGACCAUCCAAUCUGUGGCGCCCAAUGGUGGUACUAGCGGGACAGUGCCGCAGCAAAGUAAUACCCAGGCUAUUCAGUUCAGUCAGCCAUUCCCAACAAACCCGCCUCCAUCCGCCAUCCCACCGCAUCUCGCGCCGACCGGUCAACCGAACACGUACUCAGCCGCUACGGCGCAUGGCUUGCUGACGGACAAUGCGUCCAUAUUGACACUUGCGUCUUCGAGCAAACGUCGUCGCCGACGUUCAAUGGACACAGACGCGUCAGUUCGUGCCCUUGCGCCAUCCUCUGUGUGGGGUGGAAGCCGCGAGAGUCUACCAUUGAGCGUUCUGAGCGGCAAUGUGGAAUCGUCCGGCCACGGGAAUGCGAGCGCCUUGUAUGGCAACACGCCGCGCAUCAAUGCGGAGCGCAACAGCAUCUACUCCUUCACAGGUGUGCCGCCCGCCGUGUCGGGCGAUCGCAACAGCUACUACGCCAAGCAGGCCGACGGCGCGAGUGUCCGGAGUGUGCGCCCUGGACACACGAGGACGGAGAGCAUGGGCGCAAUCAGCGCAGGGCCCAACAGCCCUCUGGCGGGGGUACCCGCAGAGAAUGAUGACAUCGCGUCCACUAUGAAGGAGGAAAAGGAGGAAUGA